AUGACGAGUCGAGUGCCCUCCAUCUGCUGCAUAGGCUACAUCGGCAAGCACAACAACCCAUUGCACAUUUCGCUCUUCCCGGCGGAAGAACGAGCGCCUCUUGAAUUCCAGUUCCUUCUUUCAUCAUGUCUGGACAUCUUCGAAGCUCGUCUCCCGUACAAGACGGCGGACCAGGACUUCGGUCUCCUCCAAGCAGUUGACGAAAGACUGGCCAUGUACGGCUGGCUGACCAACACCGGUGUUAAGAUCGUCAUCGUGGUCGACAUGGAGGGGCGACCGGCUACCGCACUAGACAGCAAAGCAGCAACGGCAGUAGGACUGCGAGAUGCAGACCUGAAGCCUGCGUUCAGGGCAUUACAGACAGCAUACAUCAAGUUGCUGCGAAAUCCAUUCUACAACCCAGAUGAGCAUUCGCCGGUGACAGCGGACGCCGAGCAGAAGAUUGGUUCGACACAGAUCACGAGCCGCGGUUUCAUUCAGGAAGUAAAGCGCAUUGCUGGAGCUUGGGUGCCCGGCGUUACUAAUAUCUGA